AUAUAAAGGACACUAACUUUUUGCAUCACUGGAAGAGUAAAAGGAUCCUCCAAAGUUCACGUCAGACGGGUAAUGUGCCAGCGUCGUAACAAGGCUUAAGGGUAGCACAUGUCACACAACAGCGUGAACACCCAAUCAUCACGCUUAUGAACCACAAAAGGAUCGGGGCGCGCUUCCUGUUAAGGAGUCCCGAGGAUGUCCCACUGACUUUACAGAAAGGGUGACAUACAUAGUACUUAUACACUCAGUCUCAACCGUAAAAUCCUGUACACUUUUAAGACAUUAUCGAUGUUCUUCUUUUGUUCCUACCUUACUAGAUGGAAACAGAAACAAAACUAGCAAGAGGAUCUAUCUAUGCAAAUUUUUCGCCCAAACGCCACCUUUUCUGGAACCCGAUUCUCUGUUGCUUUACGACAGUAGGUCGUGAAAUGACGAAGUGUUGCCUCAAUAUCAGCGGAAGCUAGCUUUGUGCUUUGCGGCAGCGAGGAUAGCUAGGUCCGGAUCCUGAUGAGCACAGGGCGUGCGGGAAGGUCUGGAGGUGCCCGUGGAGGUGUUCUGCUCAUACCUUAGGGGGUUAUUUCUUAAACUCUUAGGGUUUUGUUUUUGUUUUUAAUCACCCGUUGGGAGUCUGAGAUUCUCUUACUCCCAGAGAGGCUCCUUUCCCUUUCCUGCACCUUUUCCUCUACAGACUUUACUUUUAUUAUGCUGGUUAGACUCUUGGUCCUCCGUCCCCCGGACGUCUUGCCGUUUUAUUUGGCUUUAGUUGUUUUCUUCGGGAGAAUUCCAGCAUCCGAGUGAUCUUUCUCUAGCAGACCCCCUCCCCCCCCCCCCCACCUUGCCUCCAUCUUGGUUCUCUGGGGGAGACCAGCUCAUCACUGCCGCAGUCCGAGAAAUGGAGCAUGACCGCUCUCGGGAAUCCCCAUCGCGGGAAGGCACUUCCUUGCCGGGAGAGUGGCCUUCCUCGGCCCUCGGACAGUCCUUCUCCCAGAUUUUGCACCGCCUUACCAGCCAGGAAUCCCGACGGGGCAAGGGCAAAAGUGCAGCAGUUCAGGACCUCGGUGCUCUCAUAGAAGCCACAGAACGCGAUCAGUUUUUUGAGGGGAGUGGCACAUCGCUCCACGGAAUGCCCGAAAUGCUGGGGCAGGUGGCAAAAGCCCUGGAGAAGUAUGCAGCCCCACCCAAGGAGCAGGAAGGUAGAGGUCAUGGUUACUCUGAAGUGGCCGAGAAAGCGGCAGCAGUUGGCUUAGUAUUUCUUAAACUCUUGGGGAAAUUUGAGGCGGCCAAGAAUUCCUUGGUUUGCCCUAAGUGGAAGACAGGCCUACGUGACUUGGCAGGACCCAUCUAUAUUUUUGCGGUCACACACAGCUUGGAGCAACCAUGGACCAGCCCAACAUCCCAUGACGUUGCUGGAGAGGUGCUCGCCUUACUCCUUCAAGUUACUGAGUGUGGUUCUGUGACAGGAUUUCUGCACGGAGAAAAUGAAGAUGAGAAAGGGAGAUUUAUUUUAAUAAUGGAACUUCUUAAAGCCGAUUUGAAUAAAGAAUCCUGGAAGAAUAACCCUGCCACAAAACAUGUUUUCUCAUGGACUCUGCAGCAGGUCCCUCGACCCUGGCUGAACCAACAUCUGGAGAGGAUACUUCCCCCAUCGCUGCUCAUCUCGGAUGACUAUCAAACAGAGAACAAAAUACUGGGUGUCCACUGCCUCCAUCACAUCGUGCUUAAUGUGCCAGCUGCUGAUUUGCUCCAGUAUAACAGAGCCCAGGUCCUGUACCACGCCCUUUUCAACCACCUGUACACACCGGAGUACCACCUCAUCCAGGCUGUGCUCUCGUGUCUGCUGGACUUAUUCCCCGUCCUGGAGAAAGGCCUGCACUGGAAGGGAGGUGGGGCUCGACCCACCACACACUGUGACGAGGUGCUGCAGUUGAUCCUGACCCACAUGGAGCCAGAGCACCGCCUUCUCUUACGCAGGACCUAUGCAAGAAACCUGCCAGCGUUUGUGAAGAGGUUGGGGAUCCUAACUGUCCGGCACUUGAAGAGGCUGGAGCGAGUCAUCAUCGGCUACCUGGAGGUUUACGAUGGGCCAGAGGAGGAGGCUAGACUGAAGACACUGGAAACCUUAAAACUUCUCAUGCAGUACACUUGGCCCAGAGUUUCCUGUAGACGUGUGGUCUUAUUGAAGGCUCUCUUGAAACUGAUCUGUGAUGUAGCAAGGGAUCCAAACCUUACACCUGAGCCUGUUAAGAGCACCUUGUUAGAAGAGGCCACAGAUUGCCUGAUUCUCCUGGACCACUGUUGUCAAGGACAAGUGAAGGGUCUCCUGGUCAAAAUUCUCCAAAGCUGUGAAGACAGCAAGGUGGUGAACUGUAUCAGAAAAGUCCAGCAGGUUUCCGAAGGCACGCCCUACGAUGGAACUUAAGAUUUGUCUUACUUUCCUAAAACAGGAAGACUUUUCUUCUUGUUCCAACUGUAUACAUGGAAUCAUUUAAGAAAAAAGCAUCUGAAGAGUCACUCUCUGCCUCCUGCUGUUCCAGGGCCUUGUCGAAGGCAUGAAUGGGGAAGUUGUAGAUGUCGCCAUACUGAAGAACAUAAAUACAGACUGGCUUUAACAACAUCUGGAUUUUACACUUGAAGUCCACUGUCCGAUGACAUACUGUUUUCUCCUCAGUGAUUAAAUGAGAAUACUUAAUGUGAUGGAUAAUAAUUUUUCUAUAUUAAUUUCAAGCCUAGA